AUGAGUAAGUCUAAUGCUAGGGCGUCCCCCUCAAGCGACGUAGAUGCGAAAAAUGCUGGAAACAAGAUAUAUGCUAGGGCGUUCCCCAAAAGCGACGCUAGGGACAAGAACCAUCGUUCGCACCUAAAAUCCAGGGACAAACUCAGACUCGCAUCAUGGAAUCUCGGCACAAUGACAGGGCGCAGCCAGGAGCUAAGCGAAAUUUUACGGACCAGAGAAAUAAACGCCUGCUGCAUUCAAGAGACCAAAUGGAAAGGGUCAAAAUCCAGAGAUAUAGGGAAUGGCUACCAGCUUGUGUAUUAUGGGACUAAUACUAAAAGAAAUGGUGUGGGUAUCGUACUAGAUGACCAUCUCAAACAGAGGAUAAUCAACGUGGACAGGAAAAGCGACAGAUUGAUUGCCAUAAAGCUAGCAAUGGACGACCAACAUCCUAUGAACAUUAUUUCAGUGUACGCCCCACAAACCGGCUGUCCCGAGCAAGAAAAACAGGACUUCUGGGAGGAUUUCGAUGAAGUUAUGCAAAACAUACCGCCCACCGAAUACAUACAUAUAGGGGGGGAUCUGAACGGGCAUGUAGGGGAAAGAAAUGAUCUCAAUUCUGAUGCCCAUGGAGGAUAUGGAUUUGGUUGUAUAAACCAGCAAGGUAUAGACAUUCUGAACUUUACAACCAAGCACUCCCUGAAAAUUGUUAACACGUACUUCCAGAAGAAAGCUGAACAUCUUAUCACCUAUAAAUGCUCAAACCACAAAACACAGAUAGACUUUAUUAUAGCCAGUAGUAAAUGCCUUAAACUUUAUAAAGACUGCAAAGUGAUCCCGGGUAAUGCGCUCACGUCACAACAUAGACUCCUAGUUGCAGUGAUGACUCUACCCAAGCCUAUAAAAACACACGCCGACCGGACAGAGAGCAUAAAGUGGAAGGAGUUGCACACCGCCAAGGGUUCACAAUUUCUCGAAUGGGUUGCCACCUACGUGGCAGAAGACAUAGAGGCGAAGAAGCCAGGCAACCAAAUGUGGGACGAUUUCCAACAACUUUGCCUUGAGAAAGCAAAAGCAACUUUGGGAGUAUCGCGCGGAGGACUGCGUCUGAAUAAGGAGACAUCCUGGUGGAACGAGAGUGUUAGAGAUCUAAUAAAAGCAAAGAGAGAAGCAUUCAAACUGUGGCAAAAAUCAGACCUGGAAGAAGAUCGUCUAGAGUAUAAAAACCAUAAGAAGAUAGCAAAAUCUGUCGUUGCACAGUCCAUAGCGAAGUCUAGAGAAGACUUCUAUGACAAACUAGAAAAAGCGGAAACUGAGAAUACUAUCUACAAAAUUGCUCGACAACGCUACAGAUCCACCCUCGAUAUUAAAACAAACAAAUACAUCAAGGAUACCCAAGGCAGACUACUAACGGCAAAUAAAGAUAUCAACGGCCGUUAG